AUGGAGUUUAUGUUUCCUUUUCCAUUACCGAUUGGUUCGAUAUCCUCUCGUGAAUAUGCUUUUUGGGUCAUCUAUAGCCAUUGCCCUGCUGUCGUCGCCGGCAUUCUCUUGUGCAUUCUUGUUUAUAGAUUGACUGCUUGUGCAAGCUCUCUUUUGUUCAAGGGAUAUGGAAAAUUAAGCAGUGCAAAGAGAAUGGAAUGGAAUAACAGGGGUAUCUCAACGGUCCAUGCUCUUUUUGUAGCAUUUUCAUCCUUCUACCUUCUGAUCAUGUUAGAUGUGUUUCAUGAAGAUUCUUAUGAUGAGCUAAUUGUUAAUAGAUCAUCUGAUUUGUCUGAUACAGUACUUGGGAUUUCUGUAGGCUAUUUUCUUACAGAUCUGGCAAUGAUCCUGUGGGAAUUUCCAGUUUUGGGGGGCCUGGAGUAUGUACUGCACCAUGGCCUGUCCUUAUUUUCAAUUAUAUUAUCUCUGCUAAGUGGUCGAGGACAGAUCUACGUGCUAAUGGUUCUAUUAUCUGAAAGCACAACUCCUUUUGUAAAUCUAAGAUGGUACUUGGAUGUUGCUGGCCUUAAGAACUCCAAACUUUACAUUGGGAAUGGCGUUGCAUUAUUCUUGAGUUGGUUGAUUGCAAGGAUUUUUCUGUUCAUCUUCAUUUUCGCCCACAUGUGGAUCCACUUUGACGAGAUAAGAGGAAUAUAUGCUUUGGGAUUUUACAGCUUGAUUGGAGUGCCUCCUGUGUUGGCAAUGAUGAACGUAGUGUGGUUCUGGAGGAUUGCAAAGGGUCUGUUCAGAGCUAUUUCAAAGGCAAACCACGGCAAUUGAGCCCUUCAAGAACCUCCUCUUAUAUUCUAUUGCUAUAUAUGGCUGAGAUUAAUUGCCUUUGCUUCCACUUGCUAUCCAUAUUUUGUAAAUUGUGCAGAUUGCAAUACACAUGAAGGA